CGGACGGGACCGCGAGCACAGGCCGCUCCGCGGGCGCCUCCGAUCCCCGCGGGACCCCCGCCCAGCCCGCCCGCCCGCCCUGCCCGGCCGCCCGCGCGCCCAUCGGCAGCUCUCCGCCUGCGCGUCUCCCUCAGCCGGUGGCGGCGGUGAUCCCAGUGGGUAGCGCCCAGUGGGGAGUGUGCAGCCACCAUGUUCAGCUGGUUGAAGCGAGGCGGGGCGCGGGGCCAGCGGCCCGAGGCCAUCUGCACUGUGACCUCGGCCCUCAAGGAGCUGUACCGCAGCAAGCUGCUGCCCCUGGAGGAGCACUACCGCUUCGGCGACUUCCACUCGCCGGCCCUGGAGGAUGCCGACUUCGACAGCAAGCCCAUGGUGCUGGUGGCCGGCCAGUACAGCACGGGCAAGACCAGCUUCAUCCAGUACCUGCUGGAGCAGGAGGUGCCCGGCUCCCGCGUGGGGCCCGAGCCCACCACCGACUGCUUCGUGGCCGUCAUGCACGGCGAGACCGAGGGCAUCGUGCCGGGCAAUGCCCUCAUCGUCGACCCGGAGAAGCCCUUCCGCAAACUCAACCCCUUCGGAAACACCUUCCUCAACAGGUUCAUGUGCGCCCACCUCCCCAACCAGGUCCUGGAGAGCAUUAGUAUCAUCGACACCCCAGGCAUCCUGUCGGGUGCCAAACAGAGAGUGAGCCGUGGCUAUGACUUCCCGGCGGUGCUGCGCUGGUUCGCCGAGCGCGUGGACCUCAUCAUCCUGCUGUUCGACGCGCACAAGCUGGAGAUCUCGGACGAGUUCUCCGAGGCCAUCGGCGCCCUGCGCGGCCACGAGGACAAGAUCCGCGUGGUGCUCAACAAGGCCGACAUGGUGGAGACGCAGCAGCUGAUGCGCGUGUACGGGGCGCUGAUGUGGGCGCUGGGCAAGGUGGUGGGCACGCCCGAGGUGCUGCGCGUCUACAUCGGCUCCUUCUGGUCCCAGCCGCUCCUCGUGCCCGACAACCGGCGCCUCUUCGAGCUGGAGGAGCAGGACCUGUUCCGGGACAUCCAGGGCCUGCCGCGCCACGCCGCGCUGCGCAAGCUCAACGACCUGGUGAAGAGGGCCCGGCUGGUGCGGGUCCACGCGUACAUCAUCAGCUACCUGAAGAAGGAGAUGCCCUCCAUGUUCGGGAAGGACAACAAGAAGAAGCAGCUGAUCAUGAAGCUGCCCGUCAUCUUCGCUAAGAUCCAGCUGGAGCAUCACAUCUCGCCGGGCGACUUUCCGGACUGCCAGAAGAUGCAGGAGCUGCUGAUGGCUCACGACUUCACCAAGUUCCACUCCUUGAAGCCGAAGCUGCUGGAGACUCUGGACGAGCUGCUGACCCACGACAUCGCCAAGCUCAUGCCCCUGCUGCGGCAGGAGGAGCUGGAGAGCACCGAGGUGGGCGUGCAGGGCGGCGCCUUUGAGGGCACCCACAUGGGCCCGUUCGUGGAGCGGGGGCCCGACGAGGCCCUGGAGAACGGCGAGGAGGGCUCGGACGACGACGAGGCCGAGUGGGUGGUGACCAAGGACAAGUCCAAAUACGACGAGAUCUUCUACAACCUGGCACCGGCCGACGGCAAGCUGAGCGGCACCAAGGCCAAGACCUGGAUGGUGGGCACCAAGCUCCCCAACUCGGUGCUGGGCCGCAUCUGGAAGCUGAGCGACGUCGACCGGGACGGCAUGCUGGACGACGAGGAGUUCGCCCUGGCCAGCCACCUCAUCGAGGCCAAGCUCGAGGGCCACGGGCUGCCCGCCAACCUGCCCCGGCGCCUCGUGCCGCCCUCCAAGCGGCGCCACAAGGGCUCGGCCGAGUGAGCCGGCGCGGCCGGCGGGGCCUCCCUCCCCCCUGUCCUGCUGUGGCUCCCAGCUUCCGUCAGCUGCACGCACACCCCUACCCUGGCCACCUGCACUGCCUGCCACCCGCCCAGCUGAAGGGAUGGGGGCCUCUCUGCCCCCCCACCCCCAGACAGAGGGGACCAGGGGAAGGGCCGGACUUCUCCGCUCGCCCUUCCCACCUCCACCCGCAGGCCCACUUAGGCACACCACACCCACACUAACACACAGAGGUGUCCUGCAGGGCGUCCCUCUUCAAGUAUUUAUUGAGCACCUACUGCGCUCUGUGUCCGGGGCCCGUUCUGGGCACCGGGGAUCCCAGCAGAGAGCAGAAGAGGCACGGAUGCGUGCCCUCGUGGAGCUGACCCUCCGGGAGAGCGCCUGCCUGUCACUCACACACACACAGACACACACCGGCCGAACCAGAACCAGUCCCGCCCUGCCUUCUGGCCAGGACCCCUCCCCCUCCCCAUAGAAGAGCAGCCACUUGGUUGAAAUGACUAAUCAACAGGCCCCUGCCCCCCUUCCUCCUGCCCAUCCAGGCAAGGACCCCCCCCCCCAUGUCCUCAGGCCUUAGGGGACUCCCAGGGAAGACACAACCUCCUACAUCCGCACAUGGACCCCUUACCCCCCCCCCCCCAAAUCCUCACCCCAGACUGUGAGGCAUUUACAUCCUCCGCCCGCCCGCCCUGGGCUGAAACCCCAAGCCCCCCCCCCCCCCCCCAGCCUCGCUGCCCACCAUCAGGUCAUAUUUAAGUGGCGCCCCGACCGCACAGGAAAGACCCCAGGGCUUAACUUCAGUCCCCUUUUCAGGGAUGUCUCGGGGGGACAGGCUCUUGGUGCUACAGCCCCCCCCUUCCCUGUAGGGGCCUCCCCCCCUCCCCCCUUUCCUGCCAUCACCCCCCUAUUAGUGCUUGACGCUGGUGGGACCCCAUGGAAAAGACGGGGAAAUAAAUAGAAAACAGCUGCGGACGAUGCCCGCUCCGGGGCGCUGGCUGGGAUUCCCACGCUCCCCCCCCCCACACCCCCCUGUGCCGGGAGGGGCCCGGGACGCGACGGCGGCCCCAGCAAUAAAGCCGAGGCUUCUCUCCA